AUGGGUAUCCAGGGCUUACUUCCUCAAUUAAAGCCUAUACAGCAGCCGGUGACUUUAUCCCGCUACGAGGGACAGACGUUGGCAAUUGAUGGGUACGCAUGGCUACAUAGAGCUGCUCAUUCGUGUGCCGAGGAUCUAGCGCUGGAUUUACCCACCACUCGGUACUUGGAGUAUUUUGCCAAACGGCUGCAAAUGCUGCGAGGUCGCUUUCACAUCGAACCCUAUGUGGUUUUCGAUGGUGAUGCUUUGAUGGUGAAAAAAGAUACAGAAGUGAAGAGAGGGCAGAAAAGAAAGGAAAGUAGAUCCAAAGCCUUGCAACUUUGGAACUCUGGUGACAAGAGACAAGCUUUCGAGUAUUUCCAGAAAUGUGUCGAUGUAACACCUGAAAUGGCCAAAUGUAUUAUAGAUUACUGUAAGACACAAAAGAUACAGUACGUGGUGGCACCUUUUGAGGCUGACGCGCAGAUGGUGUAUUUGGAAAAAGAAGGCCUGGCGCAUGGAAUUCUCUCAGAAGAUUCGGAUCUUUUGAUUUUCGGAUGCCGCAGGCUGAUCACAAAACUCAACGAUCAUGGUGAAGCGAUAGAGAUUUGUCGUGACGAUUACCCUAGUCUACCAGCCAAGUUUCCGUUAAGUGAAAUGACUUCGGAGCAAAUAAGGGCUAUGGUCUGUCUUUCGGGCUGCGACUACACAUCCGGUAUUCCAAAAAUUGGACUCCUGACAGCAAUCAAGUUGAUUGUUAAGUUCAAGACGAUGGAAAAAGUGAUUCAAAGUAUCCAACGGGAGGGAAAACGCAUCGUGCCCAAAGAAUUCAUGGACGAAUAUCGGCGAGCAACUUACGCUUUUCGCUUCCAAAGAGUUUUCUGCCCGAAAAGCAAUGUAAUCACAACGCUAAACAAAGUACCGCCAGAACUAGAGACCCUUGAAGAUCUGUUCAGUUGCAUAGGAAGAGUCAUUCAUCGAAAGGAACGGAUCAAACGGGUGGUGGUGAACUCUAAUGAAAUUGACCACGAAUUGCAUGCAAAAGUUGCGAGGGGAGAUUUGUGCCCUUACAAUUUUGAAAAAGUUUUGGUGAACCGUGAGCGAAAGUUGCAAAUAACCGCCAAAUCUUUGCCGAAUAUUUCUUGUGCGCCUUCCAGUGAAAGGUGUAUCGAUACUUUUUUCAAUAAGUCUGCUUUAGUGACUGUGUCAGCGGUGCCAGAAAACACCGACAUCAAAGUUCGACUUGCCCAAAAGAAGCUGGAGGAAAAGAUGAUACAGAGUGGAAAGAAAGUAGAGUCCACUAUUGAGCGCCGAAAACUGUGCCGCCAUGACACCGCAUUACGUGUUAGCGCAGAAAGUAAGUUUUUCGGUCAAUCACAAAAACUUUCAACCAGUUUGACCGUGGCUGGCAUUUCUGCCGAAUCCCAAAGCGACGAAGCUAAUAAGUUGAACUUGAAACGAGAAUUGCCGGUUGGCGAAGACAGCUUCUCUGAGGUACCCAGACUUACACCUGCGAGUAGUGACGCCGAAAUUUCGCAAGAAGACAUACCCACCGAAAUUCCGAGCUCGAUGCUAUCGACGGAGAUCCCAAGCUCCUUGGUACCUACUCAGACAGACCAGGAUUCCACACCAUUUAGCGAAGAAGACUCUGAAAUUUUGAGCGAAGUGGAUGAGACUACAAAAGCAGAUCAAAUUCAGACUAGACCUUCAAAAAGACACUGUGCGUCCUUGGCUGACCUGCGCAACACUUACCAGUACCAAAGAGCACCAUUGCAGCCACGAGAUCCGAACGCUGUUUCUACAGCUGUUGCGGACAAGACUUCGCGGAAAACUGUGAAUACUGAAAAGCAAAGGCCCGCUGCAAGCAGGCCACACUAUAUGGCUUCACCAUCGUCGACGUCCGCUCCACGUCAAGCCAGACGAGCUGUGAGUUUAUCGGAGUUUAUCUAUCGGGGACAGUAA